ACCUCAGCCUGCUCCCCAAGCCCAGCUGAGGAGGGGCCUCCUUCUGUGGACCCCGGCUCGCAGCCCAGGCCCCUGCCCCUGCCCCUGCCCAGGCCCUAACCCAGGCUCCCGCCCAGGCCCUCGCCAUGGUGAAGCUGCUGCCCGCCCAGGAGGCGGCCAAGAUCUACCACACCAACUACGUGCGCAACGCCAGGGCCAUCGGCGUGAUGUGGGGCACGCUGACCAUCUGCUUCUCCGUGCUGGUCAUGGCGCUCUUCAUCCAGCCCUACUGGAUCGGGGACAGCGUCAACACGCCGCAGGCCGGCUACUUCGGCCUCUUCUCCUACUGCGUGGGCAACGUGCUGUCCUCCGAGCUCAUCUGCAAGGGCGGCCCCCUGGACUUCUCCUCCAUCCCCUCGCGGGCCUUCAAGACGGCCAUGUUCUUCGUGGCCUUGGCCAUGUUCCUCAUCAUCGGCUCCAUCAUCUGCUUCAGCCUGUUCUUCGUCUGCAACACGGCCACCGUCUACAAGAUCUGCGCGUGGAUGCAGCUGGCUGCUGCCACAGGCCUGAUGAUCGGCUGCCUGGUCUACCCGGACGGCUGGGACUCCAGUGAGGUGCGGCGCAUGUGCGGGGAGCAGACGGGCAAGUACACGCUGGGCCACUGCACCAUCCGCUGGGCCUUCAUGCUGGCCAUCCUCAGCAUCGGAGACGCCCUCAUCCUGUCCUUCCUGGCCUUCGUGCUGGGCUACCGGCAGGACAAGCUGCUCCCGGACGACUACACAGCCGACGGACAAGAGGAAGUCUGAAGCAGCUGAAGGCGAUCACAGGUCAUCUAUUUCCAUGACACUGGAAACAUAGGGAAUUGAAUUCUUCAGAUGAACUUGUUCCUGCCCACAUUCUGUCCGAAGCCCUUUGCUGCAAGAUUAGAACCCGAGAACCUGGCGGGCUCCUGAGACAGGCCACCCA